GGUCUAGAUAUAGAUAAAGAUGGAAAGCAAUCCUAUCGAAAAGUGAUCGGACUUUAUUAAUGCUCAGUAUUGAAGUACGGGAAUGACAUUGUCGCUGCUGCAGUAACGAAUUAGAAGGCUUCUGAAAUGCUGAGAAGACAGGCUCCCAGUCAGAUUGCAUUGGGGACUGGUAUAAAGAGAAAGGAAACAGAAGAUGGAGAGUCAACCAGAGAAGCCAGAACAGUUCAAUUGUCUAGUAGGAAGAAGGCACAUCUCAAUGGGUCAGGAGGGACGCAACGCACCAGCCACCUGAAGGGACUGCCUCCAGGCAUGUGUAGGAUGAGGCAACCCCUGGCAGUCAGGACAUCAGUGCAGGAUGGAGGAGACAGAUCAAGCAGGAUGAGUGAUCAUGAAGCCUUGAUCAAGAAGAUUUUGUCCAAGCCAUUCAAAGUGCCAAUUUUAAACUACCAAGCCACUGAAGGUCCAAGGGGGCUGGGAAUGCGCAGACAAGGUGUCAGACAACCUCUCCACGACCCAACAGAAGAGGGAGCCCUGGUUCUCUUCUCCCCACCGGAGCUGAGUGCUCAUGAACAGCUGUCUGUUGAUAAAGAGAAACAACCUGUCCAUGUGGUAGUGGAUCCCAUACUGAGUAAGGUGUUACGACCCCAUCAGCGAGAGGGUGUCAAGUUUCUAUGGGACUGUGUUACUGGAAGAAGAAUAGAGGGCAGUUUUGGAUGCAUCAUGGCUGAUGAAAUGGGUUUGGGAAAAACACUGCAGUGUGUGACGCUGAUGUGGACCUUAUUACGGCAGAGUCCAGAUUGUAAACCUGAAAUAGACAAAGUAAUAGUUGUAGCACCUUCUAGUCUGGUUAAGAAUUGGUACAAUGAGAUCCGUAAGUGGCUCGGAGGGAAGGUUAACCCCUUGGCCAUCGACUCUGGUACUAAGAAAGAGAUUGAUAGGAACUUGGAUUCCUUCAUGAGGCAGCAGGGUCGACGGACACCCACCCCCAUUCUGAUCAUCUCCUACGAGACGUUCAGGUUACAUGCUGAGGUCCUACACAAGGGAGAGGUGGGACUGGUUAUUUGUGAUGAGGGUCAUCGCUUGAAGAACUGUGAGAACCAGACCUACCAGGCUCUGAAUGGUCUUCCAGGGAAGAGGCGGGUACUGCUGUCAGGGACACCCAUCCAGAAUGAUCUUCUAGAGUACUUCAGUCUCGUUCACUAUGUCAACCAAGGCAUUCUAGGCACCGCCCAGGAGUUUAAGAAGAACUUUGAGAGCCCCAUCCUACGAGGAAGGGAUUCUUGUGCAUCAGACAAGGAGAAGCAGAGGGGACAGGAGAAACUGCAGCAGCUUGCCAUAUUAGUGAACAAGUGUAUUAUCAGGAGGACAGCUUCUCUGCUAGCUAAAUAUCUGCCUGUGAAAGUGGAGCAGGUGGUAUGCUGUAGGCUCACCUCCAUGCAGUCCUGUAUUUAUCAGCAGUAUGUGAAGGCCAUGAUGAAAGAAUGCCGGAUGAAGACUCAGGGCAAAGUCUCUACGCUCUCUGCUAUCACCCACCUCAAGAAACUCUGCAAUCAUCCUGCUCUUGUGUAUGACAAGUGUGUUUCUUCCAAAGAUGGCUUCCAUGAUAUGCUUCAGAACUUUCCUCCUGGCUACAACAACAAACAACUCAGACCAGAGCUUUCCGGGAAGAUGCAGGUCCUGGACUACAUCCUUGCCAUCACCAAGACAUCCUCAUCAGACAAGGUGGUCUUGGUAUCUAACUACACUCAAACCCUAGAUGUCUUUGAGCAGCUCUGUAGGUUGAGAGGAUAUCUGUUUGUCCGUCUAGAUGGGUCGAUGUCCAUCAAAAAGAGAGCCAAAGUGGUGGACAGCUUCAACAAUCCAAAUAGUCCUGAGUUCAUCUUCAUGUUGAGUAGCAAGGCGGGUGGGUGUGGUCUCAAUCUGAUCGGAGCCAAUCGUCUGGUCAUGUUUGAUCCUGACUGGAAUCCGGCCAACGAUGACCAGGCCAUGGCCAGGGUGUGGAGAGAUGGGCAGAAGAAACGGUGCUUCAUCUACAGGCUUCUAGCGACAGGAACGAUUGAAGAGAAGAUCUUCCAGCGACAGGCACACAAGAAGGCCCUCUCUAGCUGCGUAGUGGACAAUGAGGAGGAUGUGGAGAGGCAUUUCUCCGUGGAUGAACUCAAGGAUCUCUUCCGGUUCAAGGAGGGCACACUCAGUGACACCCAUGACAAGUUCAAGUGCAAUAGAUGUAUAAACAACAUCCAAGUUCGGCUUCCUCCCAAUGACUCGGACUGCAACAGUGAUCUAUCCCAGUGGAACCAUUGUGCGGACAAACGUGGCAUCGAGGACCAGGUCCUGAAAGGGGUCUGGGACACCAAGAAUGUGUCUUUCGUCUUCCAUCACAAGUCACAUGAACAGAUUAGGACAGUCUGAGAACUUUAGAAGACGGUGUGAAGGUCUAGGGCUAGAAUGUUUAAAGAAACAUUAAGUCUAGAUUCAUGAGGACCAGGUCCUGAAAGGGUCUGGGCCUCCCAGAAUGUAUCUUUCGUCUGCCAGCACAAUCACAUAAACAGAUUAGGACAGUCUGAGGACUGUACAAGACCGUGUAAAGGUCUGGGGCUAGAAUGUUUAAAGAAACAUUUAGUCUAGAUCUAUCAGGACCAGGUCCUGAAAAAUCUGGGCCUCCCAGAAUGUGUCUUUCGUUUGCCAUCACAAGUCACAUAAAUAGAUUAGGACAAUCUGAGAACUGUACAAGACAGUGUAAAGGUCUGGGGCUAGAAUGUUUAAAGAAACAUUUAGUCUAGAUUAUGAGGACCAGAUAAUGACAGGGGCCUGGGUCACAAGGAAUGUGUUUUUUGUUCUCUAUCACAAGUCUCAUGAACAGAUUAGAACAGUCUGAUAAGUUCUAGAUCUAGCAAGAUUCUUUUCAUAAAACAUGAAGCGUUUCCUUAUUAGGAUCAUGUCAUUCUUCUUCUUCCGUUUGAGUACAGACCUCUUUACAGAGUAUUAUCUUACUAUACUGGGGGUGUGUGCAGGUGGACCACUACACCGGGGU